AUGGCUACAAUCAGCUGGGGGACCAUCCGGUCCCUCUUGAUCUUCUUCGGGCCCAUGCUCCUGCCCAAGCUCAUCAGAUGGUACAAGGACUUCCGUAACGGCUCGAAUGCCCACGGCCUCCGCGUGCGACCCGUCCCGCUUCAGGCAUUCCGUGCCCUCACCCUCCUCGCCGUGACCGCUGGCGUCUUCUUCGUCCUCGCGACACCACUCUAUGCCCCCGAGAACGUCUUCGUCCUGACUCAGUCCCGCCUCCAAAUCCCGACCGACACGCUGUUCAACCGCAUCAGCUCUCUCCGGCCCGGCAAUGUCUUGACCAACUUCGACCAGGCCCUGAGGACCAAGUUCGUCAGCCUCGAGUCCCGCCUGCUCUACCUCCAGUUUGGCCCGGAUGUCAUGGCGGACUGCCCCUUCUGCAGCUCCGACGACAUCAAAUCAUACCUCUACUACGCUGUGCCGGGCCUUCUUGGCCCGCACCUCGCCAACCUCGUCGCCCUGUCCCUGGCGACCUCCGAGGCCGUUGCGGGCCGCGAGGGCAUGCAGUGGCGCGGCUACACCACCAUCGCCGCGGGGCUCGGCGCCGUGAUCGACCUGUACACCGUGAGCAACUACAACCACCAGGCCAACGCCCGCGCCCCGCGCCUGCAGGAGCUGGACAUGUUCUUCUGGAACACGCGGGUGUACCGCAACAUCGGGCUGGCCACGCUCGAUCUCGUCUUCGCCGUGCUGCUCUACCUCAGCUCGACGAACCGGGCCUUCGCCACGCCCCCGUCCCCCGCGGAGCGCAUAGAGGCUGCCACGCGCUCGCUCAUGUCGACCCGGUCCAAGCUGUCCGCGUUUGGCGUGUUCAAGAACACGUCGAUCCGCGACGAGGAGCUGCGGAGCCGUACGGUGGCGUACUGGCAGCACGAGGGCCACCUGAUGCGGGAGAUGAUGGAGGACCGCGAGGUCAUCGAAGGCGUCAACGAUGCGCUCGAGAAUCGCAUCAACAUCCAGACCAUUACCAAGGAUGCCGAUCUGUAUGUGGCAAACUUGCUACCCCCCGAGCAGGAACCAGUGCCAGAGACCAUCGUUGGUUGA